CGUUUGCUCUCGCUUUCUUGCCCCUCCCCCAGCUCUGCUGAAGGAUCAGGUGUAGGGAUAACCAAACAACACAAGCUUGGCUGCUUCGCCUAAAUGAACCCGCCGCAUUCAUUCUGAGAGCCGGUUCGACAAUGCCUGGAGACGCAGCAAAAGAUGCAGCGAGUCUACAUGAGGAAUUCCAACCGAAGCAAAGGAGCCCAGACAUUUCCCCUGAUGUUUCCUGUGGCUCUUCUCACAGCAUGCUUACCCCUAAAGGUCCAACCUCACCCCAGGCCUCCCCAACAGCUGACUCCUCGUACCUGAUGCAACUUUCUGGUGGCUCGACGUGGUACAUGGGGAUGGAACAGAGUGAGCUGCCAUCUGCUGGCCCAGCGUUGGAUUGCAGCAGUGACGUUUCCGACAGCCUUGGAGAGAAAGGCCUAACUGAUGAGGGUACCCGACCUCAGCCUGAAGGAGCUAGUUGUGACACAGACACGGAUAGCUCGUACCCUGAGUCACCUUCGGCAUCUUGCAGCAAGGAAAGUCUUUCAGAAAGUGAAAGGCAAGGUGCCCAGCACAAAGUGGACCUGGAUAAUGAAAGGGCAGAUGUGUUUGUACUCAGCACUGUUGAUGGGGCACAGCUCCUCAGUGCAGACAUUAGCUCAGGGAUAUCCAAAGUGGAUGCUCCAGAAAUAAGCAGGCAUAUAUUGGAUGGCCCACCCACCACUACCGAGCCAGUUGUAGAUGCAAGACAAGAUAGUUCCGAGGCUAGCACAGGCAUGUCCUUGGAAGAGUCAGAGGUGAGCAGCAUUUCAGAGACAGACACUCUGUCUAGGGAGGAGCCAGAUGGGGACAUGCAACUGCUAAGUACCAAAGUAGGCAGAGAGGGAGAAAUAACUGGUUUGGAAAGGGAGGGAGAUCAGGAUCUAUCUGAUUCAGAAACAGACACCUCAGUCCAGUUGCCUCUUGUUGAGGCAGAUAUCCCCAUUGUAGAAACGGAUCGCGAUUCACUUGAAACGCAAAACAAGAAACCAAUCUCUCUUGCAGAAACCGGUUCCUCAGCUGCCCUUUCUUCAAACUUUGCAAACAGCAGUAAUGAGGCUUCACUAACAUUUGAACGCCGGGCCAUUUCAGACACUAAGGCGGAGCUGCCUAAACCUGUUGAUCAUCUCCACUUACCGACCGAAUUGAGGGCUGAGAAUACAAAGACUGAACCUUCUCAAACUCAGGACCAAGUAACAACCAUCGGAUACACUGUUAUUCCCCUGUGUUAUUCAGGACACACCAAAGAAUUGCUUGUGUAUCCCAGUGCUGCGGACAAUGUGUGCAGUACUGAUGCCGAUCUCUUCUUCUCUGCUCCAUCAAGUCCAAUAAAGACAACAUGUGGUGCCCCAAAAUACUUUUCUUACUCAAAGCUCAGCUUAAAUGAAGAGCCCAUUGAAGCCCUGGAGAGUGAGGGCAGCGAAGGCAUCUGUUCUCCUCCAACCUCACCCUCAGGAUCUUAUAGAACUGCAGAAGGAGGUAGCUGGACAUCAUCUGGCACCCCUAACACUUCGCCCUCAUGCUCCCCAAACCUGCUGACAGAGGUUGAAACAAUGGAAGUGUCUGCGUGUUAUGUAGAAUCAUUAUCUGCAUUUGCAGAGGAACUCAAUGAAGAUCAAUCUGACCAGGUGUUGCCUCUUGACGAUUCUCCUUAUGGUAUAAUCGAAGAAGAAACUUGGACCUCUGUGGAAGAAUCAACUGAAAGGUGCCUUACAGAAGCACAGGAUAACCUUGCUGCUUUAGCGUUUGAUAGUGAAAAUCUUGAAACCUGUGAAGAUGAUGAUGGUGAUGUUGAUGAAGAUGGACAAGAAUGUGAGCAUCUUAAAAAUCAAGAUAUUUCUAGUGCUGGGCCAAGAUUAAUUGAGGGAAAUGAUAUGAAUCAACAAUCUUACACAACAGACUGUAACUUUAAUCAGGGAUUGAGGAGCUCACAAACAAUAUUACAAAAUUCUAUAACCACUAAGCGUGGAGAAUCUGACGAAACGUCUACCACCGAGUCAGAAUAUAGUAGCAAGUAUAGAUGCUCCACCCCUGGUGAAUCAAAUUAUGAAAAGACUGAAGCAAGUGUGGGAGAAAUAGCUGUAGCACCCAGUAAUGCAAAUGACCCAAUAGGGCUAUGUAUGCCAAAUGUAAGCACAGAAAUUGGUGAAAGUACAGGGCAAUAUCAGACUGAACCUGUUCAGGAUCCACUUGAAGAAAGCACAAUAUCCGUGGGAGCACAUGACAAUGUUAGUUAUUAUGAAACAACACCUAGGAGCCUGCCUUCAGACUUUGAGAACCUAUUACAGGAAGAUGGAAAUACAAGUCAUAAUGGGGAUAGCACAAUUUGCACAAUAGGUAACAAUUUGCUUUCUACUGAGGACCAGCAUGAGUACAGUAAACAAUAUGAAGAUUUCACUAACUAUGCUCCUCUUGCUUCUUCGGAAGAGUUUGUUGAAGAUUAUGCUGAUGCAUGCAAUGAAGAAAAGGGCAUGGAAUUAAAGACUGAACUUGAUUCAAAACUUGAAACUUCAAUCCCAUCUCAGUCAACUUUACAGUUGGAAGAGUCAUGCAGGAAGGUUUCCAAUGCGGUUCGUAAUUCUGAUUAUGACAGUUCUUUUGUAGACAACGAUAAGCUUGAAAGCUCUAUGCCACUAGCUUCUGAGCUUUGCAUUCCAAGUGAUCAACCGCCCAGUAGAAAUUACAGCUCCACACAAGUUAGCUGUUCAUCUGACGACUCUGACAUCGCAAGCUGUUGUGAAGUGGGGACUUCAAGGUUACUCCAGUCUCCCAAUGAAGCUAUUGGUGUGGGUGUUGGUAAUGAGAGAAUGGUACCUGCAACACUGCUGUCAUUUAGAGGUAGCAUCAUUUUUGAAGCAGAGUCCAUUGAAGUUACUUCACUGUCUGAGGUGUCCCCAACUGAGACAGAACUAGAAAAUAUUGAAGAUGAUGUUGAUGAUGCAAAUGAUGAUCAUGUUGAUGGUAACUGUGAUGUUGGAGAUGAAGAAGAGGACCGUUCUGUGUCAUUUCUUUACUCCCUAUCGGAGACUUCUAUCACUACAGGAGUUGACGAGACUUUUGCAUUUCAAGAUACAACUUCAGAAUCUUCUGCUUCUGCAUCUCUUGAGGGAGAAGAUGAAAGAAUUGCUCCAGAACACUACGUCCUGUUCUCAGGAGUUACUGACGUACAGAUUGAAGGAUCAAAAGGUGAAUCUGUUGACUCAGGAAGCGAGAGUGAGAUGGAAAUGUCAUCUUCAACCUCCUCAUCAGAUUCUAGACCAGAUGAAACCUACUGUGCUGCUAGUAUGACAUGUGAAAUGGCGUCUUUGCAAAUUGAGAAAUCUAAUUCAGAUGAUGAUAAGGAACCAUCUCCUGCUGAAAUAAAAACGCAAGAGACUUGGAGGAAAGAACUGGAGGGCACAGACCGUGACAGUAAAGCUGAAACACAAUUAAUUACAGAAAUCGCACAGCAGCCAACUUCAGUGUGUGUUACAGUCUCACAGACGUAUACCAUACAAACAGACCCAUUAUCUGAAGAUAAAUAUGUUUCCCAGCCCUCCCCCAGUACACCAGAUUUGUCUGAGCAAAAAUCAUUGUUUGGGUUUGCAAAAGACAUUUUCCCUGAGAUGAUGCUUGAGGUUGAAGAGAAUGAGAUGUGUUCAACUGAUUCAGACAGUGAAGAUCUGUCAUCUGGAUUGUCAGCUUUUGACGAUCUGACUCAUGACUUGGAGCCAAGCGAAAGGCAGUCACCAGAAGUGGAAUUGCUCCCCAUCUUUGGUCAGGUACAAUCAGAGAGCUGUGGUGAAACAGCAACAACAACAACAACAACAACAUUACAGAUUACAAAAGAGCCCACACUAAAAGAAGCAAGUUCAAGCCCCACUUCCCAGUUGAAAAAUACCAAUCCCACCCAGGACAUUGCUAGAGAUGAACUUGACUUUGAACUGGCUUCUAACUUGCCUGAAGGUAUGAACAAGUUUGAUGAUUACCGCUAUCAAGUUGCCAGUGUGUGGUCUAAAGAUGGUGUGAACAAAGGGCCCAAUGUUGAAAUGCCACUAAAUUUGCCUAUUGAUCUGCCUGGUGAUGCUGACUUGCCAAAUGUCAGCUCAAGUGAAUCAAAUUCUGAAAGCAACAACUCUGUCUACCCUGCCCAACAGUCAUGUGAUGUUAGUCAAUAUGUCCUUGGGAAAGCUGCAGAUUCUUCUAGUGUUAAUGACAAUAUCACUGAAGGUUUGAUGUCUGUCUUUGUGAAAGCUGGCAAUCCAUGCACUUGUGAUGACCUAAUUCUUGAAGACCCUGAAAAAUCUUCCUUUGUCAGUUCUUUCCAAGCAGAUGCAGCAAAUGCAAACACAGUUGUGUCAUCCUCUCUCAGUGGAUCACAAAGUAUAAUUAAUCAUGGAAAAGAGCUCAGGCCACUGUCUCCUUCCAAACUAUCCUCCUUGGAGGACAACAAUAUAGUCCAAGAGCCAUUUGAUUCUUCAUGCAUAGAGAUGACUGAAGUUGUUACGGAAUUAUCACCUGAAGGUGGACCAACCAUUGGGUGUAAAAGCAUCAUUGCUUUGGGAUUCAGGGAUAUGCCAUUGCCUGACUAUGCAACCAAUGUUGAAAGCUUUGGUGAAAACAUUGAGUCAGCCACACAAGAAUCUCUCUCCUUAUCUGGUAUAGACCACUCCUCAACAAAUACAGGACUGAAUAACCUUUCACAUUUGGCAAGUUCUCAGCAAAUAGCUGGAGCAUCAAAAAUGAACCUGGAGGGGAAUAAUCUGGUGGAGCAGGGUAAUGAGCCUCACAACAUAGACCAGGAAGUGAUGAAUAUCGUUCCAUUAGACAGUUCAAUGAAGGAAACCUUGGAAGAUUUUGCAAGUGAGCCAAUACCUUCAUCCUUGAGGAGUUCCUCCUCAGAAACUGAAGAUUAUGACAUGAGCAGUGAGUCUGAUUUAUCUGAGCAUGUGCCCUUAGUUCAAGACCCUGAAUUGACAAAUGCCUUGGAAAUUUAUAAUCCUAUCAGUGAGACCGACCCUCCUUCACAAGAAAGUGCUCAACAGGACGUGACUUUAUUAGAAAGUACAAAAAGUAAUGCAGGUGUAUCUCAGCAGUUGGUCAGUGACACUGAGUCUAGGUACUCUGAACCAUUGUUGGAGAAACCAAAUCAAGAAUUUGGAAGUCAACAGAUUGAAGUUGGAAUAGGAGACAGUACAGCUCAUCCCAGUGCCAGCCAAGAACACAUUGAAGUAGAAGCCAAAGGUGGCAGCGAUCAAUCCAACUCGUCUGAUCCUGAUUUAAGUUCAGAUCCUUCAUCAAGAAAUCUCUCCUCAUCGCAAGAAUGUAUUGAUUCUGUAGCACUUCCAGAUACUGAGACUGGAAGUUCUGGUGGCCAAUUAAAGGCUCCAGCCUCUAUUUCAGAAACUGACCCUCCUUCAUUAACACACUCCGACGCUCUAUCCGAAGAGGAUGAUAAUGCAAAUGAACUUCCUGGUUCUCUACUGGCAGAUACUGAUUGGAAAAUGGAAUCUUCUGAUGUGCUACAAUACAAUGAUGCUGGACAUCAGGACCAAGAUACUUACUCAACGCAAGCUGUUACCACUGAAAAUCCACUAGCAGGCGAUAGGAGUCAUGGAGAGUUUAAGCUGUCCGAAACUGUGGAAAUGGAUGAGAAAGCAACAGCCUUGCAGAUGUCUGCACAGCUGCAACAGUGCCGCAGGAUUGACCAUCUUCACUCUGUCCAGGCUGAAGCUAGGUCCUCUGAUGUUGAGCCCGAUCGCAGGAUACAUCAUGCUUUUAGUCCGUCAGAUUCGAGUUCUUCCAGUGAGAGUGAGCUGCCGUUCCCAAUCCCACUGAGAGAUGGCAGGAGCAAGAUCUCUGCCCAGAAAGGCACUAUUAAAACCGAAUCCAGUGAUGCCCAGAUCCCAAAGAGACAAAGGAUACAUGAGACUGUCUCUGUCUCCAAAGGGUCUUGCAAUGAAUCAGACAGUGAUGACUCAGUACCCGAACUUGAGGAGCCUGUGGUCCCUGUGCCAAUAGCUGGACAGGAACAGUCACAGUUGGCCCAAGCAGUUGGGAUUGGUGAUGAACCUGUCAGCAAAGCCAAGCAAAGCCGUAGUGAGAAGAAGGCACGAAAGGCUAUGUCCAAGUUGGGACUGCGUCAAGUACAUGGCGUGACUAGGAUAACAAUCAGAAAGUCUAAAAACAUCCUCUUUGUUAUAACAAAACCAGACGUUUUUAAGAGCCCGGUAUCUGACAUCUACAUUGUCUUUGGAGAAGCAAAGAUUGAGGAUCUGUCCCAGCAGGCUCACAAGGCAGCAGCUGAGAAGUUCAAAGUCCCUAUUGAGCAUGCCACACUGGUCCCUGAAACAACUCCCACUCUCACAAUUAAGGAGGAAAGUGAGGAAGAGGAGUUGGAUGAAACUGGACUCGAAGCGAGAGAUAUAGAGUUGGUGAUGGCCCAAGCAAAUGUCUCAAGGGGAAAAGCUGUGCGAGCACUCAGACACAACAAGAACGAUAUUGUCAAUGCUAUAAUGGAACUAACAAUGUAAACUGCAAAAAGAAGAUCUAUUUCUAUAUAUAAUCACUGGAUAUUAUCAACAUUAUAAACUAUAACCAAACUGUAAAUCAUACAAGUUUGCAUCUGUUAUAUCACUAAUAAACUCUGCUAUAGAAACCAAA